UCUCUAUUAGAUUCUCCCCCAAUGUCAUCGAUAGUCCUUUUAAUCUGACCGUACUUCUGAGACUUGGAAAACAACUAGCCAGAUUGCUUAAAGCUUGAAGAUCGAUCGGCCCGAAUUAUACCUCAGUUUAAAGCAACUUUCUUCAAUUCGACGUUUUGGAACUACUACCAUCCUGGGCCGAGGAGAGUGGGAGUUACUGUCAGUCGUCAUCUUCGUCGGUGCUAUCAAGAGCGUUUUCCAUCUACAAGUAUUUUAUGAUGUUAUUCAUUUAUUCAGAUAUUGUUCUUUAUCUCUUGAUAUAUAUUGAGCUGUUUGGCGGCAAUAAGGUUUGCACUUCUACAUCGAUCGAAACAUCCCCCAAUCACAUAUUUUUUUACGCUUCACAAGACUAUGACAAUGUUGACAGCUCUAGAACAAAACGUCAGCUUGGAAAGUCAGAAAGUUCAGCGAAUAAGGAAUGUGAUUUUCAAAGUCUAGCAUCAGCGACCCAAAUCUGCGAAACACUUUUCUUUAACGAACUGAAAAGGAAUAAAAAAAUAUUAUGUUCGAAAGUUUACAAACAGCUUAGGCGAUGUAUACUCUCGAAAUCGGAGGAAUGCAGUUCCAGUAGUUCAUCGAAGACCAGGAUCAACAGAUCUGUACAAAAAUCCCUAGCUUACUACAUGGAGGCAAAAUAUUGCAACGAUGGGUCAUUGUCAACUUCCAGGCGCCCAAUCAACUACUGUCGUUUGGAAUACAACGACAAAGUUAAGGACUGCUACAACGAAUAUCACAGAACUUUUCGAAGAAACCCCAAUGACACAACCUUGUGUAGUUUAUACGCCGAGUCUAAAUCUUGCGCACUGAAUGCAGAGAAUGAAAUGUGUUCUUUCAAACCCAUACUAAAGCAGGUGCGAGAAAUAUCUGAAGGCAUCAACAGGUGCUGGAAUCCCUUUUGUUCGGUAGAUACGUUUGGAAAUAAUAAAGUCAGUGCAUCGGAGAAGGGUUUGAGCUUUUCAUUUCUUUUGGGUAUGAUACGAGGGAAACUGCGGCUAAUAAAUCGAAGAGGUAUUGAUACAAUGAAAGAAUAUAAGAACGCAAAAACAAUAAAAAGCGGAGUUCCUAAGGAUUGUAAAUAUAAUCAGGCGGUCGUAAUUUCCAUUGCCCUGGACCAAAUCACAGAAGAGUUUAACCCAGUCGCUAAAGACGAUUCGAGUAGAUAUUUUUUAGUUGGAUAUCAAAAUUCGACGACGACUUCUAAGCCACAGGCUUUAGCAAAAAUAGCCGAAAUUGCAAACAAAGAAUCACAAGACGAUGAGAAUGGAUGCAAAACCCGCAUAACCUUAUCUAACCUUUUAGUAAUUAUCUCCAUUGUAAUUUCAUGUAUUGUGUCAUGAAACAUAUAUUUACCACAUAUAGUCGCAGUUCAAGUUGGUAAUUCCAAAUUAAUUAAGUUUUCGUAAAUUUUGCCUCAAUCGGUAUCUACUACCUGGCUAGUACAAAUUUUUGCAUGUUCAUGUAACCAACGAACAUUUGAAUGGAGUGUAUUCCUCAUAGAAUUGUAUACGUAUUUCUCACCGAAUGAAUGCUUAUUUAGCCCGAUAAUUGAUACUAUCGGACAGCGGUUCCCAAAGGGUGCGCCGCAGCGAUUUGCUAAGUGCGCCGCAAAAAUUAACAGAAUUGUGUUAAAUAUAACUAUAUAUAAUAUAUGAUUGAAUAUUUCACAUAUUAUUGCAUUUAA